AUGGAUUCGAAGGAAGUGUCGCUAAUUAUCAAAUGGAGCGGUAAGGAAUUCCCGAUCGAGGAUCUUACCGAGCACGACACGGUUGCCGUAUUGAGACACGAAAUAUGCAAAAAGACACAGGUCAGGCCAGAGCGACAGAAGCUGCUGAACUUGAAGCACAAGGGAAAGCCGGUUACGGAUGAUAUGGUAUUGGGUGAUUUGGAACUGAAGGCCAAUUUCAAAAUAAUGAUGGUUGGUUCGUUGGAAUCCGACAUCCAGGAGGCUUCUUCGCGACCCGACGACGUAGGUAGCGUUGUGAACGAUCUGGACAACGAAGAGGAAGACAACGUUCCGUUCGAAAAUAAGGAUGUUUACUUGGCCAAAAUCAACAAACGAAUUAAGGAUUACACCAUCAAAGAAUUGAAUCCACCACGCGAAGGCAAACGGCUGCUAGUGUUGGACAUCGACUACACUAUAUUUGAUCAUCGUUCGGCCGCUGAGAAUGGAGCGGAAUUGAUGAGACCGUAUCUGCACGAGUUCUUGUCGUCGGCUUACCAGUACUACGACAUCGCAAUAUGGUCUGCAACGUCGAUGAGAUGGAUUGUGGAGAAAAUGAAACUGCUCGGUGUAACGGAUGAGACGAGGGAUUACAAGCUGGUGUUUAUGUUGGAUGAUGCGGCAAUGAUAACGGUGCUAUGCCCUUUACGUGGCGUAAUCGAAGUAAAGCCGCUCGGAGUUAUCUGGGGCAAGUACAACCAGUAUUCGUCCAAGAAUACGAUCAUGUUCGAUGAUUUGCGGCGCAACUUUCUGAUGAAUCCCAAGUCGGGUUUGCGCAUCAAACCAUUCUCCGAGGCGCAUCUGAAUCGGCACAAGGAUAAGGAACUGCUGAAGCUGGCGAAAUAUUUGAAAGCGAUUGCCGAGCACUGUGACGAUUUUGAUACACUCAACCAUCGAAGAUGGGAAGAUUAUCUGUCCAAGAAACGAUCUCAUUAG